AUGAGCGAAUACUACAGUGAAGUAGUGAAAGUAAGUUCGAGGAUGCAUGACAGUCGUGUACAGAUAUUGAAGAUAUUUCCAGUAUUUACUGUCCUGUUUUCAUUAUGGGUUCUGUAUGUGACGCUUAGAGUUCUUGAUGAAACUGGACAAAGUUUUUUGGUUUUCGUAUUGUUGCUAUUGCAAGUCUAUUUAAACUGGGUGGCACUGCUACUUGGAAACCGCAACUGCACAGCUUCAAGAAGUCAAGAUAAAAGUUACUUCAGCUGGGAACUACUGAGUGCCGCUUCCGAUGAUCACGACUUCAGUAACUCAUCACCUCCAUGGAAUAGUAACAGCGAAAAGAAUGUUGAGGAAAACAAAUUUUAUGAUUACGAUUUUGUUUCGAACACAGACAUUGCAAUGCAAAGAAUUUGGUAUUGCCCUCGCUGCUGUCAGAAUUCUUUCAUAAAAUGUUCCCAUUGCUCAGUGUGUAAGAAAUGCAUUAUUGAGCGGGAUCAUCAUUGUAUUUUCUUGGGAACGUGUAUUAGCAUGAAAAAUAUCACAUACUUCAUUAUUCUGUUAAUUUACACUGGUCUAACAUCUUCUUAUGUCACUCUGUUGUUGUGCAACAAAAUGAAUUUGCUUGACUCCUCUACUACAGUGUUAAUGGAGCACUUCUUUCCAGUAUCAUUUGCGAAAUGGUUAUCGGGCGAAGAAUAUACAGAUAACCUAAUAGAAAAAUUGCUGUUGAAUGUGUGCGUGUCGUUGGCUCUAUUUAGUUUGGCAUUUGCCGCCUACUAUUUGUGCAAAGCAGCAAGAAGUAAAACUAAUAUUUCCUUCCUGAAAUUUACAAGAAACAAUCCAUCGCAUUUUAGAAAGCAUAAUUUCGUUAAUUUAAUAUUCCCAAUGAUUCUAAUGAGGUAUUUGCCUUUCAACGUAGCGUCCAACACCCACAAAGAAAAUUAAGUUUCGGACCACGACUAAAGUGAUAAAACCAAACACUUCUGCAAACAUUGUAUAAACUUCAAGCAAGAUUUAGAUCUGAUCUUCAUAACUCGAUUUGAGUACAUCAAGUAAAAUAACACGCAAUUUAACUGUCAAAUUCAUAAACUUGAAAUUCAGACCUCUGUGCAAAUGUUUGCUAGAUUUAUACUUUCUGUGUGUAAUAUAUUCUGUGAUACUGUAAAUAUACUGUUGUGUGAAAAUCACUUAAGAUGUGUUGUAACAUAAAAUGUUACUAAUCUUCAGCAGUUUUAUUGUAGAUCCCAAAUGGUAAAUUGAUAUAUGGAAAUAUUCCUGGAAAAGCAAGCAGUUGAGUUUGAUAAGCAUGUUUCAAGGAGAAAUUAAUGAAUUUUGCUUCUAAGUGCACUUUUAAAUUGAAAGAAUAAAAUAAACUAACACACCAGUCUUUAACAGAAUGGUGAGUAGUUCAUAUGUAACUUUUUUGAUUCUCAACCCAUUGCUUAAAAAUGUUCUUUAUAAUCUAGAACUUCAUUACGUGUGUUGUACUGAGUAUUCUGGGAAACUUUUCACAUAAAUUUGUUUGUACCAGGGUCUAUUAAAAAAACUGAAGGUAAAGACAGUAGCACCAGUCAUUUGCAUAUUAUUUCUGUAUGUACCACUCACUGACAGUUAACUGAACAUAUUGACAGUUAGCUGAACAUGUAUUUAAAGAAUUCUGAACCCUUCUGUGUUAUUUAGGAUGUGGGGAAUUGUAUAGCACAAAAUGUGAGAGAAAUAAUACAAUUUUAUUGUAAUACAAUAUAAAUGGAUAGAUAAAAAAAUCCACUCACAAAGCAGCAGCAGGGACACACACACACACACACACACAAGGAUUUAAGUUUUACAAUAUUUUGGAGCCAGUGGCUCCUCCUCCUGACAGAAGAGUUGGAGAGGAAGGAAGAGGGGUUGAAAGAAAAGGACGAGAUGUUUAAGGAAAGGGCUAAAGUUCAGAAAAGUCACCCAGAACCCCAGGUCAGGGGAGACUAACCUGACAGAAUGAGAAGGAAAGACUGAUUAUCAGUCUUUCCCCCUCAUUCCAUCUGACAAGUCUCCCUUGAGACAUAGUGAUUGCCACCGUAAAACUUUGCCAACAUGAAAGUCCCUAACACUAUGUUUUCCACAAUUUGUGAUUCACACUUUUUUCCCCUCUGUAAUUUACCUUUUUUUCUCAUAAUCUUGUAUUUUAUGGUGUGCCUGCCAUGCCUCAGAAAUUGUUAUUGAAAGGCAAUGCUAUAUCCCCCUGAAGAGCAUUUUUCGGUGUCAAUGGACUAUACUCCAAAUUAGCAGAGAGAGACUAUUCCUGAAAGUAAAACCUUAUUUUGUGAGCUAUCAGACAUUAUUUUAGGAGGAAGAAGUUAUUGAACUUAAAUUAUUGUCUUGAGAUUGAGGGCUACUUGAAUGUGAUUGAAAUGGCAGUUCUUGGUUGAUUUUAUUGUAAAC